GUUUAAACCCUAAAUACGCAGUCUCUCACAACUGACGCCCUCGUCUCUCCUAAUUCCCAUUAACAAAACCUUAAACCCUCUCCCUUCUUCUCCCUUUCCUCUUCUCUUAAUCCUCCAUAGCCAAUAUCCAUGGCAGAUCUUCAAACCUUCCCUACAAAACCUCGUCUAAAACCCACCUCCAAACAACCCAAUAGAUCCCCUGAAUCCAAGUAUUGGAAAUCUUUCAAAACCCACCAAAUUUCUGGCCUUGUUUCUUCAAUUACCUCCAUUAAUUUUUCCCCUCUUUCUCCACACCAUUUCGCAGCUACCUAUGGUGCUUCUCUCUCUUUUUUCAACCCACAUCACCCUUUCACCCCUACGGAACCUCUUUCCACUAUCCACUCCUUCAAAGACACCUCGUUUUCUGCAUCAUUUCGCUCCGAUGGCAAACUCCUUGCUGCAGGUUGUCAGUCUGGAACCAUCCACGUUUUUGAGGCUAAAACCCGAAAUAAUCUUCGACAAUUGAAAGGACAUACUCGUCCUGUAAGGUUAGUUCAAUACCCACGAAAUGAUCUUUUGCAUUUAUUUUCUGCUUCGGAUGAUUCUAUAGUUAAGUACUGGGAUGUUGCUACUGAAACUUCUUUGAAUAAUUUAAUGGGUCACAAAGAUUAUGUUAGAAGUGGAUCCCCUUCUCCUGUUGAUGAUAAUUUGUUUGUUACUGGGUCAUAUGAUCACACUGUAAGGGUUUGGGAUAUUAGGGGUUUCGCUUCAGGUUCAAAUUCAUCAGCCAUGGUGAUAAACCAUGGAAAACCUGUGGAAGACGUUCAAUAUUUACCCUCUGGUGGGUUGAUUGCCACUGCUGGAGGGAAUGUGGUGAAGAUUUGGGAUGUAAUUGGAGGUGGGAGAUGUUUGUAUACUUUAGAAACUCAUAAUAAGACUGUUACAUCAAUUUGUGUUGGUAAAAUGGGGAAAGAUAGUGGGGAUGAAUCUGAUCAAUACCGUCUUUUGAGUGUUUCUUUAGAUGGGUAUUUCAAAGUUUUUGAUUAUUCAAAGCUGAAAGUUACAUUUUCAAUGAGGUUUCCUGCACCUUUGUUGUCAGUAGGGUUUUCCCCAGAUUGUUCGACACGAGUAAUUGGAACCUCAAAUGGGAUUAUAUACAUGGGGAAAAGGAAGGAGAAAAUCGACGAAAAACCUAGUAUUGAUCAAGGGUUUUUAGGAUUUCAGUACAGGGAUGAACCUAAGAGGGUUUUAAAGCCAUCGUCUUUUAGGUAUUUUCAUCGCGGGCAGAGUGAAAAACCGAAAGGGGGUGAGUAUUUGAUAUUAAAGCCAAAGAAAGUUAAAUUAGCUGAGCAUGAUAAGCUAUUAAAGAAGUUUAGGCACAAAGAUGCUUUUGUAGCUGUUCUUCAGAGGAAGAACCCGGAAAAUGUGGUUGCUGUAAUGGAAGAAUUGAUAGCAAGGAAGAAAUUGUUCAAAUGUGUGUCGAAUUUGGAUGUCGGGGAGCUUGAGAUGUUGUUGGGGUUCUUGCAAAAGUAUACUACUCUUCCUAGGUAUGCUGGUUUGUUGAUGCCAUUUGCUAGUAAGGUUAUUCAGAUGCAAGCUGAGGAACUUCGAUCUAAUGAUAAACUUAAGUCCCAAAUUAGGAAUUUGAAACGGUCGAUUCAGGAAGAGUUGAGGAUACAACAAUCAUUGCUGGAAAUACAGGGAAUAAUUUCUCCCUUGAUGAGAAUUGCAGGGAGGAGAUAGAACAACCUGCUGUAAUGGCUUUGAAUGUAGUUCUAGUCUAAGAUAGACUUAAGCACAAGUUUGCUUCAUUUUUGCUCUCUACUUCUUUAAGACUAUAACUAAGAAUUGAGGUUAUACUUUAUAUUCAAGGUAUCAUCUUUUGCUCCAGUUACUUUUUGAUUUUCAACAUUAAGUAAAAAAUCAUUGUUUGUACUUGCAGUGUGUUUAUCUAGUUGUUAUAUAUUAAGGUUUUGACA